CCAUCCUCCCCACACCAACCACGAAAAGCUGCCAGACAAACCCUCCCACAAAUAUUUGCCUGCUCAAUCCCAUAUAGGCACACAUUGGAAGUACUGCUAUCAAGAUGGUGCAGUCAGCGGUCCUUGGCUUCCCUCGCAUGGGCAAGCUGCGAGACCUGAAGAAAGCAACAGAGGCUUACUGGGGUGACAAAUUGUCCAAGGAAGACCUACUCGCCGAGGGCAAGAGGUUACGGUUGGAGCACUGGAAGAUCCAGAAGGAUGCUGGGGUGGACAUCAUUCCCUCCAACGACUUUGCCUACUACGACCAUGUGCUGGACCACAUUCAGAUGUUCAAUGCCAUCCCGGAGCGGUACAGCAAGCACAAGCUCAGCACGCUUGACGAGUACUUCGCCAUGGGCAGAGGGCGCCAGAAGGACGGCAUUGAUGUGCCAAGCUUGGAGAUGGUGAAGUGGUUUGACUCGAACUACCACUACGUCAAGCCCACAUUCCAGGACGACCAGACGUUCAAGCUCUCAGACGACCCGAAGCCCGUCAGGCACUUCCUUGAGGCGAAGGAUGCGGGUAUUGUCACUCGUCCUGUGCUCCUCGGUCCCGUCUCUUUCCUGCACCUCGGUAAGGCAGACCGUAACCAGACCGUCGACCCCAUCUCUCUUCUGGACAAGCUUCUGCCCGUCUACGAGCAGUUGCUCCAAGAGCUGAAGAAGGCCGGUGCCGAGACUGUGCAGAUUGAUGAGCCAGUCCUCGUCUUUGACUUGCCGUCCAAGAUUCGCAACGCUUUCAAGCCGGCAUACGAGAAGCUCUGCGCGGUGCAAGGCUCUUCUGGCCCGCAGCUUGUCCUCGCCACCUACUUCGGCGAUGUCGUGCACAACUUCGACAUCAUCGACUCUGCCCUCACCAACACAUACGCCUUCCACGUGGACCUUGUCCGCCAUCCUGAGCAGCUUGACAAGGUCGUCGAGCAUCUCGGCUCGAAGCAGAUCCUGUCCGCUGGUGUGGUGGACGGCCGCAACAUUUGGAAAAACAACAUGAAGAAGUCCGUCGAGCUUGUUGAGUCGGCCAUUCAGAAGCUUGGCAAAGAGCGUGUGAUUGUUGCUACUUCUUCGUCGCUCCUUCAUACCCCACACACAUUAGACAACGAGAAGAACCUUGACUCGGAGGUGAAGGAGUGGUUCGCGUUCGCGACUGAGAAGGCCUCUGAGGUCGCCGUCAUCGCCAAGGCGGUCACUGAUGGCCCCGCCUCGGUCAAGAGCGAGCUAGAGGCGAAUGCGAAGGGCAUGAACAACCGUGCUACGAGCAAGCGUACGAACAACCCGGAGGUCAAGAAGCGCGUUGACGGCGUGAGCAAGGAUAUGUACGAGCGCAAGAGUGCUUUCCCAUCUCGAUACGAACAGCAGAAGGACCACCUUAAGCUGCCACUGUUCCCAACAACCACCAUCGGGAGCUUCCCACAAACAAAGGACAUCCGUAUCCAGCGCAACCGCUUCACCAAGGGUGAGAUCACUGCCGAGGAGUACGAGAAGUUCAUUGAGAAGGAAAUUCGUGACUGCAUUGCUAUCCAGGAUGAACUGCAGCUCGACGUAUACGUCCAUGGCGAGCCCGAACGCAACGACAUGGUGCAAUACUUCGGUGAGCGCAUGGACGGCUACGUCUUCACAACCCACGCUUGGGUCCAAUCCUACGGCUCCCGCUGCGUUCGACCGCCGAUCGUUGUUGGUGAUAUCUCUCGCCCAGCUCCAAUGACCGUGAAGGAGAGCCAGUAUGCCGCCAGUGUCAGCAAGAAGCCGAUGAAAGGCAUGCUUACAGGACCCAUCACCUGCUUGCGAUGGUCCUUCCCGCGUGACGACGUCCACCAGUCCGUGCAGGCCAUGCAACUCGCCCUCGCUCUUCGUGACGAAGUGGUCGAUCUCGAGGCGGCGGGCAUCUACGUUAUCCAGGUCGACGAGCCGGCUCUGCGUGAGGGUCUGCCUCUUCGUUCCGGCAAGGAGCGUGAGAACUACCUCAGUUGGGCGGUAGAUAGCUUCAAGCUUUCCACCGCGGGCGUCAAGGACAGCACGCAGAUCCACUCGCACUUCUGCUACUCAGAGUUCCAGGACUUCUUCCACGCCAUCGCGGCGCUCGACGCGGAUGUGCUGUCGAUCGAGAACAGCAAGUCCGACGCCAAGCUGUUGAAAGUCUUCAUCGACGAGGCUUACCCACGUCAUAUUGGUCCGGGCGUGUAUGACAUCCACAGCCCGCGUGUACCGCCGGAGGAGGAGAUCAAGACCCGCAUCGAGGAGAUGCUGCAGUACCUCAAGCCGGAUCAACUCUGGAUCAACCCGGAUUGCGGCUUGAAGACGCGGCAGUGGAAGGAGACGAAGGCGGCGCUCAGCAACAUGGUGGCAGCGGCCCAAUUCUUCCGCAGCAAGUACAGCAAGGCCUAAGAUGCCAAUCGGGCAGAUAGAAGCUCGAGGAGGGAAUGCUGUUUCAACCUUGGCCGGCGUUGAGGGGGGAUGAUGAAUUCAACAUGAUACCCGGUCAUAAGUUUUAGCGAGGAGUUCAACCUUUGGAGGGAUGAAAAGCAUGUGUGAUCUCAACGAUCACCAUCUUGCUUGGCUGCCUCAACGGCGGCCGCAAAAAGUGGUUCAUAAUGUUAUGUGUGGCCAGCUUUUGCUCGGUCACGUGUAGAAGUAGAACUAGCAUGAGCGAAUGCGAACAUGGUUUCCUACGGCCGUGUCGGCGACGGCAUUGCAAAGUCUCAGACGCUCUGGCACUAUCGCCAUUUUGUGUAUGGCUGCAGUUGCUC